AUGCCAGUAGUGCCAGAAGAGGACGAGCUUGUCAUGGACGCCAAUUUUGACGACUUCAUCAACUGGGACAAUGCCGAGCCCACCCUGGCCAAUGUUGCUUCUAGCAUGGACUUCAUGCCGGCAACGGCUGACGGCACGCCCGGACAGUUUGACGGCCUAGAUUUGGACCCCUCAUUCUUGGAUUUUAGUCAUCUCGGAGCAGACAACGACAACCUGCUCGAUAACGAACUCUUGCACCCGAGUCUGGGCCAGCCGAAUCUCGACCUUCGUGACCACUUCACAAACCCUUGUCUCCACUGCAAGGCCAAUGGCUACGACUGCAAGAGGAUCAGGGAGGGCACGUACAUGGAUUCCUGUACAAGCUGUGUGGCAUUCAAUGUAAACUGCAGCCUAGCGUCCACAGAGAUGCCUUCACGCAGUGAUCCCUGGUCACUCUUUAGCCCGCAAUCCGUUGGCAGGUCCCAGAAUCAGGUUGAGGGUGGUGCAUGUUCUGCUGCCACAGAGUUUGCUACCCCCAAAAUUCCAGAGUCAAAGGCCGACGCCAGAGCAAGGUCAACAGGAUCAGGGUCAGUCAAGGCUGGAGCCCGCCUGUCCAAGGAAUCGGUCAAGGUACUCAAAGCGUGGUUCGCAAACCACAGCAAGCACCCUUACCCGACAGAGGAGGAGAAAGAGUCCCUCCAGCGUCUCACUCAACUCACCAAAGUCCAGAUCACAAACUGGCUGGCCAACUACCGCCGACGGAACAAGAUCGCACGUCCACGCUCCACCUCGCCGAGUGUACGCAACUUCACGCUCGGUGGAAUGGACAUACCUCAGCGAAGGGCCACACCGGCGCCCAUGGAUCGUCGCCCGAGACCUUCGCAUUACGAGAACAUGAACCCCCUUGAACGUUGGAAGAACUCGCCUCCAGAGAACGAGCCUGCUUCCGUCAACGAUAUCGCCAGGGCUGUCUCUUCAGCUUCUACGGCUAUCUCGUCUGGAUUUGAGACUCCUCGGAGCUUCAACCUGACCGAUGAUUCACGGUCACUCGGCCACGGCUCCUCAGGAGCCAAAGCCUUCAACCCAGAGACAUCCCGGAUAGAGUGCGUGUUCUGCUCGGAACCCAAUCCCACCCAAGAUCACCUUGAGACACACAACUAUACCGUCUGCCAGGAAAAGGGGGUUUCUGAAAGAACAUUCUACCGAAAGGAUCAUCUACGGCAACAUCUGAGGCUGGUCCACAACACAAAGUUCAUGAACUGGGCGAUGUCCAAGUGGGAGCAAAAGCACGAUGAGCUGGAGUCCAUCUGCGGCUUUUGUGGCUUACGUAUGACAACUUGGACAGCCCGUGUCGAGCACCUUGCCGGCCAUUUCAAAGCUGGAAGCUCCAUGGCAGAGUGGAAAGGUGACUGGGGCUUCAAUCCGUCUGUGCUUGACAAGGUGCAGAAUGCCAUUCCACCAUACAUGAUCCACGAGGAGAGAAUGUCCCCAUGGCCCUAUGUUGCAAUUCACCCGACGCCUGAGACCCCGAUCCACGCCUAUGAACUGUUGAAAACGGAGCUUGUAUACUGGGUACAAAACUCCAGAGAGCAACACUCUACUAUCACAGACGACGAGCUUGUGCACGAGGCAUGCCGGAUCAUCUUCGGGGCUGAAGUGCUCUCUCAAAAGGGCAUAGCUUCCGCCCCCUCAUGGCUACGCGAUGUGCUCAUGAGUAAUGAGACAAUCGCACAACAGGCGCGGCACUCCCCAAUUCGCUCCAGUGCAGAUUCUCAUGUCAGUAUACUCAAGAUCAAUGGCAAGGACAACAUAUUUGAGGCGUGCCCUCUUGAGCACGAACUCUUUAAAUAUGUCAACUCAAGGACUUUGCUUGGCUUGACUCCCACCGACGGCGAGCUUCAGCUCGAGUGCUGCAAAAUUCUUGGCCAUUUCGAAGAGACUUCGUCAAGCCCAUCGGAUUUGGUGGGCAACCUGCUGGUAAGGCUGGUGAUGGGGUCCAAAAGCUGGUUGGCAGAUUUUAGAAGAAGAGCACGACUACCUCGAUCCGAGGAAAUGAUAGACGAAGACCGACGCCCAACCGAUGGUAAAUCGCUUGACUCAACCAUCCACAGUUUCUCCAGACUCGAGAGGGAAUUGGCCCAGCACGUCCGGUCCCAAAGAGCAAAGGGAAUCGAGCCUGAUGGUCCAGAUCUGCAAAGGAUUGCUCGUAUCAUUAUAUACGGAAAUGAUGAUGGCUGGAAUCAAACGGCCGCGGACUCUCCUGAGUGGCUUGGUGCCUUCAGGGAACGGAUGCAAGAGGCAGGCUCGCGAUCUGUUUUGAAGCUUGAUGAUCCCCUUCAUCAUUUGUUUGAUCCCGACUCAGAAAUGAUUGCUCUGCAGAACACGCUGGCUUCCCAGGAGAUCAGCACAGAUGUACCAACAACCGCAGUAACCACGAACGAAUCUGCUCCAAAUGCCUCACCCGUUGGUCGAUGUGCCCGAUCCGUUCCCUUCUUCAUACAUGACCUCAACUGUUACAAGAGGCUAAAACGGGAACUGGGCCGGUGGUGCGCGUCGGUUAUGUCGCCUAAUAACCCAAAUCAGCAUAUCCCAUCGGACGCGGAACUCCAGCAUCAGGCGCGCUGGAUCCUGUACGACGAUGAUGAUCCUUGGAAUGUGACGGCAGCCGACAACUUCGAGUGGCUGCAACGAUUCAAACGUGACCACAAAAUAAUUAGUGAUGACUCUGGGCCUGGACUCCCAGACUCCGUGGGAUGGAAUCUGCACCAGGGCGGCACAGGCUUCGCUCCUCCAUAUGCGUACCCAGCCGCAGCGAUUGAGGGAACCGGUGGCUGCGGCAGUGGGGAAGGCACUGUAGAGAUACCCGUACGGGUGGGCGCGAAGCCCUUCCAAGCCGACCAGAGGGCGGUCGACAGCUACCUGCAGGGCUUCAAGACCCGGUAUCCGCGACCUCCUGCAGUCUUUUGUUCGAGGGAACUGGAGGGUGGCCUGACCGAGUUCGUGGAAUCGCAGCAGGUGACCAUGGGCGCCCCGCCUUCAGAUGAGAUGCUCAGGGCCAAGGCGAGGGAGAUACUUGGAACCGAUACAACUGCAGCCGACGAUGCCGUGCUGCUGGAGAGGUUCAAGGCGAUUUUCCAGCCAAACAAUUCUGUGAUCAAUGCGUCCGGGGCGGAGGUGGACUUUUCGCUGUUGACGGGCGUGCAGCUGCCGCUGCCGGAAGUUGACGCUACGUUUGAAGCGCAACCGACAGAUAUGACCGAUAAUGUGUUUGAUGGUUCCACGAUGUAUGGUUUCGGGGCGCAGGACACCAUGGACAUGAUCCAAAGUCCCAGUCAGCUUUUUGACAUGUAG